GUCCGGCCCCCGCGAGUUCCGGAGCGGCCCGCGAGCUCACACCCGGCUUCUCCUCAGCUUUAGUCUGAGCCACUCCAUCGCCAUUAUGCUAGGCGCUGCUCUCCGCCGCUGCGCCGUAGCCGCAGCCGCCCGGGCCGGCCCUGGAGGUCUCCUGCACCCCGCCCUGGCCCCCGGCCCCGCCGCCGCUGUCCAGUCAUUUCGCUGCUAUUCUCAUGGGUCAAAUGAGACAGAUGAGGAGUUUGAUGCUCGCUGGGUGACAUACUUCAACAAGCCAGAUAUAGAUGCCUGGGAAUUGCGUAAAGGGAUGAACACGCUUGUUGGCUAUGAUCUGGUUCCAGAACCCAAAAUUAUUGAUGCUGCUUUGCGGGCAUGCAGACGAUUAAAUGAUUUUGCUAGUGCAGUUCGCAUCCUAGAGGUUGUUAAGGACAAAGCAGGACCUCAUAAGGAAAUCUACCCCUAUGUCAUCCAGGAACUUAGACCAACUUUAAAUGAACUGGGAAUCUCCACUCCAGAGGAACUGGGCCUUGACAAAGUGUAAAUCCCCAUGGAUGGAUUUAUUGCUAUGACUACUUGAUUUUAAAGUCACCUGGAAAUACCGGGGAGAGCAUAUUACCUUAUUUGAACAAGUUUUCUUUUAUUGAGUACCAAACCAUGUAAUGGUAGCUUGGACUUUAAUAAAAGGGAAAUGAGUUUGAACUGAAA